AUGUCCGAACUACCUUUUACGCCCCAAGAAUCGGAGGCAUUGUCAUACUGCGAGGAUCACCCUCCACAAUACGAAUCCAACGAGCCAAGCCAAGAUAUACUCACCUCUAUUAUUGAGAGCGAGUAUACACGCCGGAUACAACUCCAACGGCUAGACAAUAUGGCGAAUGACAUUCUCAGGGUUGCAGACAAAGCGACCGCCGAAACGGAUUACCCUCUGCUUGUGGAGGUGACUCUAGAGAUGAGUCGCUUAUACACAGAUGGAGCGCAGGCCUGUACAGAGUUAGCAAAUAUGUACAAGGAACGCACUGUUCAAAACACCGAUAUCUAUACCGCUAUGUCAAGACUCACUGUUGAUGAGUUCAACCGGACCUAUUCUUCUUUGAGGCGGGAUCCAAUCCAGCAGAUGCGACACGAGCCGGCUCAGGAGGAUACGGACCGCGACGACACCUGCGAUGGAGACGCUUUAGGGACGGGAGGAAACGAGCGAGCUGCAGAUUGCACGUGCGACUCGUCGCGCUCUUCUGAUCGGUUGUUUUAG